AUCAUGUGACCGCAGCUCAGCUGUUUUCUCCUCUCCGCAGCGGAAGUCGCAGAGUUACAGAUUGACUCCUGCCUGAGAACAGAUAUGGGCUGGGCUUCGAUCUUUAGACCUUGCAGUAUUACCAUAAAUGCCAGAUGAGGAACAAGAUUUUUUUUUUUAUGGGUUUGCUAAGGGAAGUUUCGUUCUGGGAGUGAGGUGAAAAAAGAGUUGAAAAACAAAAGAGUCAGUCAGGUUUUGAAGAACAGCAAAAGAGGCUCCUCAAACCUGUUACCUUCAUUUGACGAGGGGUACCUGGAAAAGAGCCUGGUGGAUAAUCAGCUGAACGUGAGCUCCCUGGAAUAUAAGCCUGCUGCUGCCACGGAAACUUACCUUUCGGUAGGACUGUGUGUGCGUCUUUAAGGGCUGAAUGACUGUCCUGUUCCUGUUACUUCUCCACGUUUAUUUUCUGAGUGGGUCAAAGCAUCAAGAGAGACACUUGUUUUCAGUGGAAAUCAAACCAAACCCUUCAAUUAAAUCCACGAGGAGAAGCGACUCUAAAUAAUUAAUUAUGCAGGCUCUUAAAUGGAAAGAUUUGCUUGCAAUGGGAGAGAAGAAAUAAGGAAUUAAGAGAAGCUGUAAGAACCGAUGAGAUCAUGAAAACACGGGGAAACUUCUGCCAAUAGUUACAGUGAAAAUGAAAUCAUCGUCUCUCCACCAUGGCUCCACAGCAAGUGUCUCUCUGCCUGGUUUCAUCAUUUUCUUCAUUAAUUUACCAAUUCACAACUUGGUGUCAGCCCAGUUCACAGUCAUUGGACCGGAUGAACCUGUUACUGCUAUUGUGGGUGAGGACAUUGUAUUACCCUGUCACUUGUCUCCCCCGAUGAGUGCUGAGAACAUGGAGGUGAGAUGGUUCCGGUCCCAUUACUCUUCCUUUGUGCAUCGCUAUCGUGAUGGAAAGGAUCAGACUGAAUAUCAGAUGCCGGAAUAUACAGGAAGGACAGAGUUUCUGAAAGACGGCAUCAGAAAUGGAAGUGUUGCCUUGAGGUUACAUAAUAUCAGACCCACAGAUGAGGGACGAUACACGUGCUAUUUUGAGUCAACUUCCUUUUAUAAAGAUGCCCUAUUGGAACUGAAGGUGGCAGCUCUAGGUGCUGCUCCUCUCAUCUCUGUUGAGGGUUAUCAGGAUGGAGGGAUCCGAGUGGUGUGCCGAUCGGCCGGGUGGUACCCAGAGCCUGAGGUUUUCUGGAGAGGUCUCACUGGACAACAUGUACCAUUGCUGUCUGAAAGAAAAUUCCAAGGGGCUAAUGGCCUAUUUGAAACAGAAACUUCUAUAAUUAUAACAGAAACCUCAAACCAGAACAUCUCCUGUUCCAUUAGGAGCACUCUCCUCAAACAAGAAAAGGAAUCAAGAAUUUAUGUAGCAGAACUUUUUUUCCCGACGAAAUCUCCCUGGAUCGCCAUUCUGUGCACGAUCCUGGUUAUUCAGGUUUUUUUUAUUGGCCUCUUAAUUUAUCUCUUGAAAACAAAAGAGAAGAAGGCUGCAGAACGUAGGUGGAGAGAUUGCCUUACAGAAGCAGAGGGGGUGACCCUGGAUCCAGACUCCGCAAAUCCCAAUCUCAUCUUGUCGAAGGAUCGGAAAAGAGUCAGACUGGAAGGCACAGACCAGGAGCUGCUCGCCAAUCAGGAGGGAUUUUGUUAUUCUCCGUGUGUGCUGGCCUCUGAGGGAUUCACCUCUGGGAAACAUUAUUGGGGGGUGAAAGUUGGGAGCAAAGGAGGCUGGGCUGUGGGGGUGGCCAGAGAGUCUGUGAGGAGGAAGGAAGGAGCAGUGAUCCUUAAUCCUGAGGAGGGGAUCUGGGCUGUAGAGCGACAGUGGUGGGGUAAGUUCUGGGCUCUCACUAGUCCUAUGACACUCCUUUCCCUAAGUAGGAAACCUGAGAAGAUUCGGGUUUCUCUGGACUAUGAAGAGGGGCUGGUGGAAUUUUUCGAUGCUGAUAAUGUGAAACCGUUCUACGCUUUCCGCUCGGCCUCUUUCGCUGGCGAGAAAAUCUUCCCUUUCUUCCGGGUUGGGGGUGCAGGAGCCCACCUCAGAGUGUAUCCAUGAGAAAGGGUACAUGAUUCCACUUGGACUCACUCAAACGUGUUCUCAUCAACUUAGGAUAUCUCUCAUCCAGUUUAUAAAGAUCACUUAUAGCUCCUCUUUAACUUCAUCCUAAUUCCCUGUAAAUAAAGUAGACAGGAGAAGAGCAGAAAAUACAUCCAUUAUUUCAAAAUUUCUUUAUUUAUUAUUUCAGCUUCAAUUUUUGGGGGGUAGGGUGGGGUGAGAAAAGGUCCGCUUCCCCAUUAGGGUUACAGAUGCCUUCUUGACAGUCUGACAAGAGCCUGAGACCUAGUCUACACUGCAGAGUUAGGUUGAUGCAAGGUAGCUGACAUCGACCUGACUAGGGAACUAAAAUAACUGCUCUGCCACAGUGAUUUAAUAACUCCACUUCCAUGAGAGGUGUGGAGUGAAGGUCGAUGUAGUUAGAUCGAUGCAGUGUCAGUGGAGACAUACUGAGUGUUACUAGCUUUCAGAAGCCUGCUUACUGUGCCCCCCGGUGACAGUACAAUCAAUACAAGCGCUCCCAGUGAGGACACGCACCGCUGACACAAGGAGCAAAGUGUAGACAUACACAAGCCACGUAAUUACUGCAGCAGCUGUAUGCCGACGUAAAUUAGGCCUACUUAAUUUUGUAAUGUAGACAUGCCCUACGAGGAGUUGUGAUCCGUUUCCUUCCAUUUGAUGUUAUGAUUCUUGUGAUUUAUGUAUCAAUAUAAGCUAUGAUCGUGCUUUUCUGGGUUCACCAUUUGAUCAAGUUCCCGCAGUCGUCCAUUCUCUCUAAUUCAUAAAAGACCAAUGCCCAAAAGCCCCAGCAGUGAUGGGACCACAUUAUGUUGUGCACUGUUCAAACCCAGAAAAAACACCAUCUUUCCUCUGAAAGGGUUACGGUAGAGCUGUUUAGAAAAUGUUCCUCUCUGCUCUCCUCCCCCCAAAAAAAACUCAGAUUAAAAUGAAGAACAAAUGUUUUGGUUGAAUGUUCCAUAGACAUUUUUGACUUUUCAUCCAAAACAUGAAACACACAAAAACUGAAAAUUUUCAACCACAAAUUUUUCAGUUUUCAACCAAAAGUUUGCUCCGGUGGCCUCUAUCUGUUUUUUCUUCUCUGUGCCUUCUUUAAGGAUGGGUGGAAUGUCCCAUCUCAUUAUUUCACUGCCCGAAGCCCCCGCCCUACCUCCGAGCGCCACGCCGCCCGAAGCCCCGCCCCCCAAGCGCCACGCCGCCCGAAGCCCCCGCCCCCCUCCGAGCGCUGCGCCGCCGAAUAAAAAAAUAAAUAAAUAAAUAAAUAGAGUGCCAUUCUGCCCCAAGGUGCCACCCCAAGCAUGUGUUUGGUCGGCUGGUGCCUAGAGCCGGCCCUGGCAGGACGGGGGUCAGGGCUCUGGGCUGUGGCCGGGGAUAAGGAGUUUGGGGUGCAGGAAAGGGUUCGGACUUACCUCCGGCAGCUCCUGCUCAGCGGUGCAGCUGGGGUGCAGAGGCAGGCUUCCCGCCUGUCCUGGCAACGUGGACCACACUGCACCCCGGAAGUGGCCAGCAGCAGGUCUGGCUCCUAAGCGGAGGUACACAAGCGGAUCCGCGUGGCUCUCGCCUGCAGGCACCGGCCCCCUCAGCUCCCAUUGGCCGCUUCCCACCUAGGAGCCGGAUCCACUGCUGGCCACUUCCGGGGCGCAGCGCAGGGUCAGAACAGGUAGGCAAUAGCUGCCUUAGCUGGGCAGCAACGCUGAUGGGGCUUUUAACAUCCCGGUCAGCGGUGCUGCCCAGAGCCACUAGGGUCCUGGGUGCUGAGCAAGGUGACCCAGUGCCUUAAAUGCCAUGACCCAGUCCUGGGUCUUGACCCAAACUUUGAAAAACACUGGACUAAUGUAAUCUCUCUGUUUGGUUUGCGUAGCUUUUCCCAUCAGCAUUUGUUAUCAAAAGCCGUUGUGACAACUUAUGAACUUUUCCAUCCCAUUGACACAAAUUUGUAGCUCCAAAUAUUACAACGGGCCCAGGUCCUCCCUGGGAUAUUCCCCCCUCCCCCCCCCCCCCCAUGUCUCCGGCUCACAGUCUGAGCUGGGAUCCUGCUCCCGCUCUGGGCUUCUGAGGCUACACCCAGAGGCUGCUCUAGGCAGCUGCUGAAGGUGGCAGAUUUUGGGACUGCCCCUGCUUCCUUCCAUGGCCUUUGGACAUAAGUGGAGCAACCCACCUGGCUCCAUGUUGGGGCCCGGCCCCCACAGGCCCUGCUACCCAGGCAAACAUGGCUCCUGUAGCUGCAACUUCAACAGCUGAGGAGCUCUUGUGGAAAUAAGUGAGGGGAUGGAGUGUUAUUUGUAUUUAUUUAUGUAAGCAGAGUCAGGAUAAGCUCUACCCUGACAUCUGGUGGUGAAUUAUGGCGAGGGUGGAAAAGAACUUCAGGGGCUGAUCUUGUUUGCAUAGGCACACCCACCUGCCUAGCCUGGGACAACAACAACUGAAAGUGGUUACUUUGGCUGGUGUGGAAUCCCCAGUUUCUCUGUUAUUGGGACAGGAAGAAUAAAGUGUUGUUACCCUGAUUCUGUGAAUCAAGGCCAGUGGAACUGUUGUAUGACAGAGGGAGUCACCAGUAACUAAGUAGCACUCGCUAGACAAGGGGCAUGGGUUACAAAACCUAGUGAAUUAAGAGAGAUUGGGGGAUAGGUAUAUGUACCUGAUGGUAUGGGCACCUUUUGAGGGCUGGGCGCAUCAAUUGCACUAUUUCCCUUUCCAUGUUGAAUAGCAGAGUUAAGUUUGCUUUCAUUAGGAAUUUAGCUAGAAGUUGUUGAACUGAAUUCACUUUAGGCCAAUGGUGCAUCAGCACUGGGGCUCCCAUACUACAAGCUAAAAUUGCUGAGCUAAGAUCACUGAGUGCUGUGUUAAGCAAUGCGGGAGCCUGAAGAUAUAUUGCUAAGCAGCUGGCAGAGCCAAGCCGUUUGCGGGAUGGUUGGAGCGGCCCAUGGAACAGUGAGCGGAGUGGCACAGAGCGGAGCUGAGCCAUUUACGGGGGCAGCUGGAGCGGUUCAUGGGAUGGCUGGUGGAGUGGAGGGGCUGGCAGAGCUGAGCAGUUUGCGGGGACGGCUGGAGGAGCAGCGUGGAGUGGUGUGGCGCAGCUGGUAGCGCGAAGCCAUUUGUGGUAAAGGCUGUAGCAGAACUCCACAGAGAGGUGGGGCAGUCAGCCUUGGACCAUGUAAGGUGCCCCUUAGCAUCCCGUGUGCCCCCCCCCAUUUCUGCCCGGGGGGGGGUAAAACUCUGCAGAUAAACUUUUGAACUCUGGGGCGGCACUGACCAGGGACAGAGACUUUGGGGUUGUUGGACUUUGGGGUGAUUGGACUUAAGACCCUGAGGGGAAAAGGACACUGCCAAACUUACUUGGAGGUGGGUCUUUUGCUCAUGGUUUGUAUUAUGAAUCCUGUUUGUGGUGUUUCCCCAACAUAAUGCCGCAUUGUUUCCCUCCUUUAUUAAAAGGCUUUUGCUACA